UCCAGUAGCAACCGCUCGCGCUACCUGAGUUUGCCCUAAAGGCUCGAGCCGAAGAAGAUUGUCGAAUCCGUCUAAAGGCCGUAUUGCAAGUGUACAUCGACGUCUCUGCUUAUUCAACUAUUGUCGGAAACCCGUGAUAGACGUCAUGUCAGAAAGGAGGCGGGGCUUACUUUCUAUUAGGGCGUUUGUAGCGCUCUUGUCGGUUUACAAAAGCGCCGCCCAGCAGUGUAGGGUGAACGGAGUGGAUCAGUUCUGUGAACCAGUACCAGCCGAUCAGGCUUUUGGAGUGACCCCACUGACAACGAGCACAUGUGGAUCUCCUCCAGAGAACUAUUGCUACACGCCUAUCGGCGGUAACCGGAGCUGCGGCUUCACGUGCAACUCAGCCAGCGCAUCGACCAGCCAUCCUCCACAGCAUAUGACAGAUUUGCCGAUGCUGGGAACGUGGUGGCAGACUGAAAACGACAAGCAGUUUCCAACCUUGGUCGACAUAGAUUUGCCGUUGCGGGGCAACAAGAGCCAUGAGAUAUCGUACAUCUCUCUUAAAUUUCGUCAGCUACGUCCAGAGUCGAUGAUUAUUUUCAAAUCGACUGAUUACGGAAAGACCUACACGACCGCGUUUCAGUUCUUUUCUUAUUCGUGCCAAGACACGUACAACUUGCAGCCAAAUGUGAUUAUUACGUCUGACAGUCAAGUGAUCUGUAAAGAUCUUGCCACGCUGUCUACUGCAGAUGAUGUCGUCACGUUUAUGACAACCGAUGAUAGACCUGGAAACACGGCAGGAGAGAUAACGAGUGAAGAACUGCGUGACUUUGUGACUGCAACGGGAGUGAGGAUCAGAUUGACUAGAAUACAGACAAAUUCUAGUGACGUACGUGACCUGUACUAUGGCAUAGAUAGCGUGAAUGUGCUCGCUACUUGUAAGUGUAACGGACAUGCCUCUUCUUGCGUUGAAAGCUCGACUGGAUCACUCAACUGUGAUUGUAAACACAACACUGAGGGUCGGAACUGCGAGGCUUGCAAAGCUUUAUUCAACAGGAAACCCUGGGGAGUGGGGACAGCAUGUGAAAUGUGUACUUGUAAUAGUCACAGUUCAGCUUGUGUAUUCAAUCAAACUGUGUAUGAACUGAGUGGAAACUUAGAAGAUGGUGGAGUAUGCAGCAACUGUCAACAUAACACAGCAGGAAACCAGUGUGAACUUUGUGCUCAGUUUUUUUACCCCAACAUUUCUCUUUUGCAAGAUCAUCCAGAUAUUUGCAUUCCUUGUGGAUGUGAAGUUGCUGGAGUUAUGGGUGGUGACAUUGAUUGUGCGAGAUCUGCUUCAGCAGGUGUUGCUGUCGGAGAUUGUGUGUGCAAAACAAACGUUGCCAGUCGUCAUUGCAAUGUUUGUAAACCUGAAUUUUGGAAGCUGGAUGUUUCUAAUCCCAACGGAUGUCAGCGUAUGUACUAUUAA